ACCAAUGACAUUUUUUUACAAUUUUUGGCACAUAAUAAGAAAAAACGAGAACUUUGGAGUAUUUAUAAAAUUUUUCAAUAAAAAACAAUAGAAAAUCUGGAAAUUUCCUAAACAAUGUCUGGCUAUGAAUCCUAUGGAGCACAAACUAAACCAGAGAGCAAUUGUCGUACAUGCAAUGACUUCAAAUUUUGGUCCAAACAACAGCGGCAAAUCUUUAACAAGGCAGGAGAUCCCAAAGAUGUAGCUAAAGCAGCAGAUGCCAAGGGAGAUAGUAAUGGUUCAAAUAACAUGAGAGAAGAUUGUCCCUUAGACAAAUCAUUAUUGGGCAAAUCAACCUGGGGUUUAUUGCACACAAUGGCAGCAUUUUAUUCCGAUAAUCCUACAGAUAACCAGAAGAAGGAUGUGAAAACAUUUUUUGAUGUAUUGUCACGUCUUUAUCCCUGUGAAUACUGUGCUAAAGAUUUUCGCAAAGAUUUACAACAAAAUCCUAUAAAUGUGGAUUCACAAAAGGAGUUCUCCCAAUGGCUGUGCCAAUUUCAUAAUCGUGUAAAUGCCAAGAUUGGUAAACCCCUUUUUGACUGUUCCAAGGUCAAUGAAAGAUGGCGUGAUGGUUGGCUAGAUGGUUCCUGUGAUUAAUAUCGUAUUGUGAUGUGUGUGUGGCUAACAUUGUUUCAAAAUGUUCCUCCCUCAUCGUAUAUUUGGCUGUUUAUAAUCAUCAUCAUUUUCUGCAUGAUUGUUUUGCAAUUGAUGUUGUCAUCGUGGUAGUUGUUUUUUUAUUAAUUGUAGUUAAUUAUUUGUAUAUAAUAAGAAAUAAUGACCCCUGUCCUUAAAACACAAUAGCAAAAGUUCUUUUGUCUAUUUAAAGCUUUCUAAACCAUUAAUAUCCUGGGUAUUAUUCCGUAUUUAAAUUUAGAAAGAAAAAGAUUUCGAAACUCGUAUUUUAUUGCAUAUUCGAUUCGUUUUCUUUUAUAUCAAAUAACAGAGUUACCCCUCGGUAUAUAAAUUUAUCUAUCCCCUUAAUUGAAUGCUGUAAAUAUUCCAUAUUCAUUACCAUCAUUUUGUAAUCAAACUAUUGGUUUAUAAAAUUCUUUAAUGGUAAUAAAACAUAUUCCGUUUUCUUGCUAAAAA